GACCGGGGGCCGGAGUAAUAGACAAGAGAGGGGGGGAGGGGGGACGACGAUCGCUCGAGAGGAGCAAGCAAGCGUGCCGUGUCCUCGGAGGCCGUGAAAUCCUACGACGGCCACGACCGACGGGAGAGGAGGCUCUUCCCCGAAUCCUGGUGCUGCUAUCCUCUCCGUGCUUCGUGCGGCGUGCUCCUUCCUUUCUCUUUACGCGACCUCGGGACUAUAUUUAUCCGAAACGUAUGUGUUUUUUCUCCCCUUGCGCGUUCACGCCGUCUGUCCCACCAUCUUUUGUCCCGAAACCCUCUGCCCCCCCCCCCAUAAAUCGGCGCAAUUGAAGUCGCAAAGAGUACGGCCCGUGACUCCGCCCGGAUAAGCUAAUUCCGUUCGGCGAUUAUCGUCUCUUCGCGAUGCUGUCAAUAUUUCAUGUAAAUCGAUGCCACCGUCAGUUUCUAGGCUCGCGAUGUCCGCUCUCGGCUUAACAGCAGUGAAAUAUAUACUCCCGUUCUCUACUCCUAUCUUAGGAAAUCCUGGUUGGGCGGAGAAAGAAUAUUUGGUUAAUUGCGGUUACGAAUAACCGCUAAUGACAGGCUAUUUGCUCGAAAAACAACGGUGAUUGCACGGCGUGUCUCGGAGCAAUCAAAGCUCGAUUGUGAGAAUGCUCGCUCCUCCUCCGAGAGCGAGUGCUUAUUAAUAAGCCGUCAAAUACAGAAGCGAUAUCUGUUCGACAAAAGAUAACGGAGCAACACAUGUACAGUUGUAGACAGAAAGGAUGAAAACUUGUUUUCUAAUCUACUUAUCUACUAGAUUCAUUCGUCGCAUUGUUCUUUCCAACGUGAUUACAAAUUCUCGAUUAGUGGCAUAUGAUACAAUAAUUGCAUCGGUAAAGAUCAUCUCUCACGACCGAUUCUCGCCGAGCCGUUCCUUUUUUGACGGAAAUAGAACGACAGAUAGAAACGAGCAACUCGCUUCUGCUACCAAUUUCGUACAUUUCUCGCGGCUUGAACGACGUUGGUAGAAUCGACUGCGAUUUCCGAGCCAGCCGCUCGUUACGGGCCAGAGGCCGGAGUCCGGAGUCGCGGUGCGUCUUUCUUCUCGCCGCGACACGGAUGGUGGGGAGACACGUCGGUAGGAAACGUAACAGUCAGCACGAGAGGAACAGGCUGCCGUUAAUUUCGGGCGUGGGCAACGAAGGGAGAACGAACAGAUAGAACAAUAGCUUUGUGGAGAGUUCGAUGACGUUAGGGAGGCCGUCACAAAUCGUCGCGUUUUCGCCGUCAGGUGUUUUAAAAAUUAACCUUGCGAUUUCUAAAUCAAGUUUGUCGUUGAAUCUCUUUAAUAUUAAAUUGUAUGCGUAAAGAAAAAUAGUAUUGAUGCAAACGUGUACCGAUGUAAGUGCGAUCAAGCACUCUAAAUUAAGUUUCUGGUAUUUCCGCUGACCUGAACUUCGAGUUUUUCAACGAGUGCGCAGUAAAUCAAUAGUAUUCUCCGUUUUAUCCGUGUUUGCAGAAGUGCGCUUUGCAUAUCUACAAGUCGCAAAUAUUUUCCUGCGAUUAUCUAUCGCUUUCGCGGACUGUAAUCGCUUUAAGAACAAGGAAAAAAUACGAUUAGAAGAGACUGGACUAGAAAGCAGGGAAAAAUAUAUAAUAUUAAGAUAGAUAAAUUGUUGGGAGGAAAAGAGGGAAAGGAUGCCAUUAUUAUUCGAGAUAAACGUGAAAAGAGCACGGGUUGAUUUCACAGGAUCAUGCAACUGUAAGUCGGUGAUAAUAGCGAAUCCGAGGCUUAUCUUACUUUAAACGAGAAUGACGUUAUCUAUUAAUUAAUAGGAGAAGAAGAAAAUAGAUCGUGGCCCAAAUGUCCAGUUGCACUAUCAAUUUUAUUCGAGGCAUUCUGUUAUAUUUGUUGCUUCUCACAUUGAUGCUAUUUUCUUUCUAUUGACUGACAAUGAGCGAAAGAAAACAUUUGUCUAUUAUUGUGUUUAUUGGGUAAAUAAGAAUAUAAUUGUCUAUGUCUCUUCUGAUGAAGCUUGGCAUAAAUCUGACGACGAAUUUAUAGAAAAUAGCUUAAAAGGUAGUCCAAUAUGUUCGACUAUGGUAAGAUAGGUAUACAAAAUAGAAAUGCACAUACGAUAGGUUUACAAAGAGCGACACAUCCGUGAAUAAUACAUCGUGCGGAAGAUGAUAGAUACGACACUGGCGAUGAGUCAGUAUUCCGACUGACGAACGAACGCACACUUUCCUCCUCGACGACGUUUGAUUACUCAACAUGGUGCUAUCGGCGAUAGCCACCGGAUUCGUAGUACUUUCGGCCAGUUCUGUCUUCACGGCCAGCUGCCAAAGAUGGUCAUCGACACGCAUUAGUAUCAACAUUUUUUGGUUGACAGUAUUAAUUCUAAAAUAUCAUUGAUCAAAGCGUAAACUUUACCACUUACGAUCAUCGAAAUUACAAAUUUUUCAAUUGGCGAAUAAUCAUUUUUAAUUUUUAUUUCUAAUUGCCGAAAGAAUAGACUGUCUGAAAUUCUUAUUUCUAAUUAAUUUUCAAUUUUACGAUUCCCUCCCGUGCCUUCUAGCGAUAAUGAUACUUAAGUGCAUUGCUUCCGACUGUGCUCCCAAUUAAAUUCCAUGACUACUUUAUCGCACGGUAUACCAUUUUCUCAACAAUCAACGUGGCAUCAAUAUUACGCAAAUAAAUACUUCGAAGUCGAGAGCGUCGAGACUCGUUCUGAGAAAUUUUUCCUGUCAUAUUUAUCUCUCCACUCUGCACUCGCGAGGACGCGACGCGGCGCGGCGUCGGCGUCGCGAUUAGCGCCGCGAGAAACCGGGCGAGAGAGCGGUUCACGCUCGGCGAAUCGCGACGUAUCCGGCGGUGGAUCGAUUUAAAUGCCUCUGUGGAAUCGCGCCGCUGCGGUGGUGGUCGCCGCGUGUUUUCCACGCCGGCUGAGAGCACGGGAGAAGGGGAAGGAGAGAAAGAGAGGAAAAAGAAGUAUCGCCCCUUACGCACUAUAAAAGGACCCUCGUCCGCGCCGCCGCCCCUCUACCGCCGUCGCUUUUCCCAUGCUGCUGCGGCUGCUGCUGCUGCUGCUGCUGGUUACUGUAUGCGGCACCGAGAAGAGUCCCUGGCUCUGUCUGCACUGCGGGUCCGUGCACUGCGGACGAUACGUGGCGGGCCACGCGUUGCAGCAUUACGAGACAAAUACUCAGCACUGUGUGUGCAUAGACUGUGAGAGCCUAGCAGUAUUCUGUUAUACCUGCGACGAGUACGUGGUGAACGACACCACGAGCGGUCAGAUCGAGAAGAUACGGCGCGUCACCUUUCGUAAAGACGAGCACAAGGAGAACGAUGAGAGCUGGAGCACGUCGCCGCCCACGACGCCGCCGUCCUCGAGGACGCGCGACGGCGGCGGCGACGAUCACGACAACGACGACCCAGACGCCCUGUGGAAGGCGGAGGUGGUCGUGAGGAACUUACGGCCGAGAACGGCGCGCAAGAGGCUACACUCGCUGGACGCCAGCAGCGCGGACAAUCGGCCGGCCAAGCGUCGCAGCUCCAAGAGUACCAAAGAGAAAAAGGUCGUCGGGCUGAGGAACCUCGGUAACACCUGCUUCAUGAACGUGGUGCUGCAGUCGUUCAACAACAUCAGCCACUUCUGCGAGUACCUCACGCAGAUGCCGUGUCUCGAGGGCAUCGCCUUUGACGAGUCCACGGGGCCGCCCACUCACCGCGGUCGCAUCGUGACGCCGGGUCGCGCGAAAGAGAUGUCCAUGAGUGACGCUCUGCUCGCCGAGGAGCUGCGAAAAGUGCUGCUCGGUCUAAGCUUAGGCGGUUCCAACGGCCAGGCGAUAUCGCCCGAGUGCCUGUUUCUGGCCAUCUGGAAGGUCGUGCCGAGAUUUCGGGGCUACCAGCAGCAGGACGCCCACGAAUUUCUCACCUACAUGCUCGACCGACUGCACACCGAGCUGCUGCAGCUGCUGCCCAGGCUGGGACACGAGCCUCUAGGUUUGCGCGGCAAGCAGAGUAUCGUCACUGCCGUGUUUGGAGGCACUCUUCUUAGCGUGGUCCACUGUAUGAACUGUCGUACGGACUCGAAGACGCACGAGCCCUUCCAGGACCUCUCGCUGGACAUACCGGACAGACUGCAGAGGAGCAGGACGAAGGAGCAGGAGGAGGUGUGCAGUUUGACUUAUAGUCUGACGAGAUUCUUCAAGGUCGAAGAGCUGGCCGACAGCGAGCUCUACUUUUGCGAUAACUGCAUGGGGAAGCAGAGGUCUACCAAGAGGUUCUGGAUACACAGGCUGCCUAACGUGUUGUGCCUUCACAUUAAAAGAUUUAGGUGGUGCAAUUCCUAUCGCUCGAAGGUGGACACGCAGGUGGAUUUCCCGAUGGAGUCUCUCGACAUGUCCGCGUUCACCGUGCGCGGCGUGACCGGGACGAGAUUGGGCGCUCAGAAUAGUCAUCUUUACGACUUGGCUGCCGUUAUCGUGCACCAUGGUUCUGGUGCUGGUACUGGACAUUACACUGCCUUCGCCGUGCAUGACGGCCAGUGGUUCCAUUUUAACGACAGCUCAGUACGGCCGGCGACUACCGACGCUGUCGCUAAAUGUAAGCCUUACAUUCUGUUCUACGUGCGGAGGGAAUUCUCCAUUCCACCCCCCUUGUGACGUCGUUUCCCCGAUAAGAACCCCCGUCCCGGCAGCACGAGCCUAGAUGACGACGAAGACGACGACGAUCAGGACGACGUGGAACGAACGAAAGAAAACUGAGCGAACGUUUCUCGCGAAUCUCGAAGCGAGCCAACGAACAGCUAAACGAAACGGAAAGAAGCAAGAAAUCGCCGGGUCAUGCCUCGAGCGCUUCGAGAUCGGAAGACGAAGAUUCGUCCGCUUAUCGCAUAUGUUAUAUCCAUGAUUGCUCAUUGUUGCCAAAUCGUACAAUCUCGUUAGAAACGUAAUUCGCCCGCGUUCGCUAUCGCGCCUCGACAUGUCGUCGCGACGACCUUUGAGACGCGAUUGGGAUAGCCGGGCACAUACAUAAAUCCGCCGCACGUUAAUCGCUCGAGCGCGUCCCUCCUCGCGCUUUAUCAGAUGAUUAAAAUCAUGCAGCUCUUAAAUUAGCUCGAUGUCCAUCGAAGAAAGGUCGACCGAUACAGCGUGCGAGCGUGCUGAUAUACGUGUCGUAUCUUGCCACAGAUUGUUCUCACGCUUUUUCUCAUCACGUCUUUUCCUUCCGUCGGAGACGCCGUAGCCUCUCCGCCCUAAAAGCGUAAAAGAAUUUUUUUCUGUACAGAUUGCUUUGUUUCGUUUAUCGAUCGAGAUUACGGUUUCUAGAAUUUUUUUACAUUAUGGUUUAAAAAGUGUUCUUGCUUUUUUUUGCUCCCUCAAAUAUCAUGUAUCUGUAGCCGAGCGAUUAUUUCACCGAUAUAUUAAGCCAAUGUUAAAUCAUGCAUUCUUUUUCAUCUAUUUGGAUUCUCAUUGUUAAUUUUUUUUCUAUUUUACGUUUUAUUUUAUGGAAUUCCUAGAU